GAGCUAUGAAGACAGGAGUAAGAGCAGUUAAGGUGGUGAUGGUCAAAAACAUUCUUUUUGGUAUAAGUAAAAAGGUAGAAAAAACGAUGGAAAAAAAGAUGGUAUUAGCUUUACACGGUCAAAUUUGA